AGAACGGUCAUUUUCGCACUGUCUAAAUGUGUUGGUCAGAAGAAAGCACGUUCAGUGAUCAAUGGUAGCGUCGGAGCUCACGGCAGGAUUCACUCUCCCAAACAGUGGCAGCUCUGCAGCGCUAUCAGCUAUGCAUCCACAGGAGGAUGAAAAACUUUGGACAAGAAUAUUGCAGGAAGUCAGUUCCAAAUCUUCCUCGACUUUCCAAGGUGGAACACUCAUCAUUCUCGGCGAAAACCAAUCCGGGAAAUCAUCUUUGCUUGCUAGACUAGAAAAAAAUGAGAGCCAGUUGGAACGAUCUGCCCUCGAAUACCACUAUUUGAACGUGCAGAAUGAUUUCCGAGAUGGCAGUUAUGCUUAUCAGUUGGGUACAGCCGGCGCUCUUGGCCCAGCUGAAAACUUCAGCUUACCGGUAUGGAUGUUAGACGGGGAAGAAUGUUUUGCGCCGUUGAUCCAAUACGCUUUACCAGUACCAUCUCCUGCCAAGACCGUUGUUCUGCUGGUCGCUGCUUUGGAUAAUCCUAGUUUGAUCCAUUCUAUACGCCGUUGGGCAAAUGUUGUAGCUCAGCAAGUUGUUCAAAAGUAUGACAAGGCCACAAUCACUGAUGCUAGAAAAAUGCAGGAGCGAUUCUGGCAAGAGUAUGUGGAACCCGUGGAAUCUUCGAUGACGUCAUCAAUGGCUCCUGGUGCUCUCGACGACACUGGUCUUCUUCCGCUCGAACAGGGAGUGUUGACAGAAAAUUGCGGCGUCAGCUUUGUCGUGGUUAUAACGAAAAGCGACCUCUGCAAUGACCUCACCGAUCAGCAAGCGGAUAGGAUCCUCGUGCAAGUUCGAAGACUCUGCCUGCAGCUUGGUGCUGCUCUUGUUUACACUAGUGCUAAGAACGUUAAAAACAUCCAGAUCCUUUACAAAUAUAUAGUACAUCGUGCAUAUGGAUUUCCGUUCACUACCACAGCGCAAUUGAUCGAACGUGACUCAGUUUUUGUACCUGCUGGCUGGGAUGGAGAGAAGAAAAUCGAAAUAGUGAAGGAGGGAAUUCCUGACAUUGAUAAUGUGCUUGAACCUACUCGAGAGAAGCCCACAAUAAUAAGAGAGCAACUUGUGGAGGCUGAAGAUGAACAAAUUUUUCUGCAAAGACUAGCAGCCGCAGAGAGUGCUGCACCGGCAGCUCAGAAAAAGUCAACCCUUCUCGAUGAUGCAGCGGAUAAUAAGACACCACUAUCAAGUUUCUUUUCCAACCUUCUGAAGGAUAAGCCAAACGUAAUAAGGACGUCCGCACCACCUCCUCCGGACACUGCAGUGCAGCUUGAUCGUAUACUGAAAAGUGCAACCGGACAACAAAUGUGCACAAGUCUGACUAAUCAUGCUAAUCAAUUUUAUUCAACGAUAGUAACCAUAAUAAAUGUAUAA